AUGAAGAAGAAAAACAGAAUUCAAGACGAAGUGAAGAACCGUGACAAUCUCCUGGCUGUUGCAAAUUCUGAAAUCGAAUCCAUAAAAAAGAGAAUAGAAGAGAAAACCGGAGAAGCUCUCAAACUCAAAGAGAAUAUAGAUUUCUGUGGCACUGUUAUUAAGGAUUUGCGGAAAGAAAUAUGGGAAUGUGCAGAAGAACUGAAAAUAAAGAAAAAUUCAUCAAUUCUUCUUGAAAACCAGGCGAAUUCAUUGAAACGCAGCAAUUUACAAUUAAAAGACUGCGCUGAUAGUCUCCAUAAGCAAUUAUCGGACACAAUUUCUCGGAAAUCUGGUGAUAUCAUGGAUGCGAUGAUUGCUCAGAAACGUGGAUGUGAUGUUCAACAUGAUCGUCAAGUGAAAACAAUGAAAAGAACAAUUCAAGAAAUGACUAUGUCGUCGCCAAGCCAUGGAGCAAAACUUAAACCCUACAAAGAUCUCAAAUCGCCGGAUUCCAAGAAAGCUCGUUUGAAGAGUGUUCUCUCAUACUUGAAAAAAGAAAUCGGAGAAGAUGGUUUUGAUGGAUUCGUGACUGAUUUUGUCAAUUAUGUAGCCGCUGAUCCAGAGUUUUCCUUUAAGUUGAAAUUAUCUGAUAUUGUCGAAACUGCUCGCUUUCGCUCCCACACAAUUCCUAGACCUGCAAUCGUCAUCGUCGCUGUCAUCGCACCUGCCGUCUCUUCAACGUCAACGCUCUCUCGUCGACGCGCCACAACGACACUCCGCCAUUCCGUUCUACAGGCUCGGCGCCACUAA